AUGCCCAGCGCGACCACCUCUGGGGCUGAUGCCUCCAACAAUGGCGGCGCCCGCAGCCGCGAGCACAACCAGGGAAACCAGGACCGCAAGUACACAGUCGAGCAAAAAGCCGCCGUCCUGCGCAUCCGGCGCUGCAAGCCCACGGCAUUCUACGAGAUCCUCGACAUCGAAAAGACAGUGACCGACACCGAGGUCAAGAAGGCGUACCGCAAGCAGAGCCUGCUGACGCACCCGGACAAGAACGGCCACGAGCAUGCCGACGAGGCCUUCAAGAUGGUGUCGCGCGCGUUCGGCGUGCUGGGCGAUAAGGAGAAGAGGGACAAGUUCGACAGGUUCGGGACGGACCCGGACUCGCGGUUCUCCAGCGCCCAGGCGCAGAAUCCGUUCUCCGGGUUUGCAAAUAGGAAUGCAAGCGCCGGGCGGCGGGGCGGGGGCAUGGGCGGCUUCGAGGACGAGAUGAGCCCCGAGGAGAUGUUCCAGAGGUUCUUUGGGGGUGGCGGCUUUGGACCCUUCGGCGGUGGUGGCUUCGACACGGGCCCGCAGUUCGUCUUCAACUUUGGAGGGGGCCCUGGCAUUCGAGUGCACCAGUUCGGCGGUGCUCGACCGAGAAGGCGACCGCGCGAGGGGGAACAGGGCCAGCAGGAAUCAAGUUUUGCCAGCACCCUCAUCGGCCUGCUGCCCAUUCUACUUCUCUUUGUAUUCCCCAUCAUUUCCUCCCUUUUCUCGGGCGCCACCUCGGGCCCGGCCAUGCCGAGCAUGGUCUUUGACAAACCGUUACCGCCCUUCACACAUCGGCGGACCACCAAGAAUGAUGUCAAGUACUUUGUCAACCCCAAGGACAAGGCAUACAACUAUUUCCGGGAGAACCCAUCCAAGAUGUCGCAGCUCGACCACCAUGCCGAGGUGCUCCUGGUACGGACGCUGCGGAACGAGUGCGAACGGGAGAUGCACCACAAGCAGAUGCUGCGGGAAGACGCGCAGGGCUGGUUCGUGCAGGACGCGGCCAAGAUGAAGAUUGCGGAAGAGUUUGAGAUGAAGUCGUGCCAGAGGUUGGACAAGAUGGCGCACCUGGCCCGGUGA